ACGAAGUGUGGACGACUUGGAAAAACAAGUUAAAGAAGAAGUGGAGGGAUGGCUUGAAGAUGCAAGGAAGGUCAUUGAAAUUGAAAUGCCAGAUAUUGAAGAACAAGUGCGGAAUGUUUCAUACUUGUCACGUGGUAACCUUGGGAGACGUGUUCGUCAAAAGAUUCAAGAUGUGAAGGAAAUUUACGAUCGAGGUAGUUUCCCUGAAGGUCUUGUAAUUGAAAGGCCUCCAACUAUUGGAAUCACAUUGCCAACAGAGAAUAUGGUGGGCGAGGUUGAUGUGAAGGAAAAAAUUUGGGAAUACUUAAUGGGUCACGAGGUUGGAAUUAUUGGAGUUUGUGGAAUUGGUGGAGUUGGCAAAACCACUGUUAUGAAACACAUCCAUAAUGAAUUACUGAAUGAGGCUGACAGGUUUAAGAAGGUCGUCUGGGUUACAGUAUCACAUCCUCUCAAUGUUUGCAGAUUGCAAGAUGACAUUGCUAGGGCAAUGGGCAAAAAUCCUUCAGAUUGGGGGGAUGAAUUGAACCGGGCAUCAAGACUGAUGGAGGCUAUGAAAAAAGUUAAAUAUGCACUGAUCUUAGAUGAUGUCUGGGAUAAAUUGGCUCUUCAUAAAAUUGGAAUCCCAGAACCAACAAUGGAAAAUGGGUGUAAAAUCGUUAUUACUAGCAGAUCCAUUGAUGUAUGCAACUACUUGAGAUGUCAGGUAGUUAGAGUACCACCUCUACCAGAGGAAGAGUCUUUGAACUUGUUUUUAGAUAAGGUUGGGCAAGAUGUUCUACGAAUUCCCAAUUUGGAAGAUGUUUUGAAGCUUAUGGUGGCUGAAUGCGCUGGUUUGCCAUUGGCCAUUGUUGUCAUUGCGGGGAGCAUGAGAGGAGUACAAGAUAUUUCUGAGUGGAGAGAUGCAUUACGUGAAUUGCGUCAGGGUAUGGUGGACACAGAGAAAGAUUCAGAAGAUGAGAUAUUUAAUCGUUUGAAGUUCAGUUAUGACCGUCUACCAAAAAAUUCAAGCAGCCAAGAGUGUUUCUUAUAUUGCUCAUUGUAUCCAGAAGAUUGGAAUAUUAGCAGAAAAGAUCUAAUUGAAAACUGGAUUUGUGAGGGAAUUGUUAAAAAAUUAGGAAGCAGAAGAGAAAUGCAUGAUAAAGGAAAUGCUAUUUUAAAUAGGCUUUUAAACUGUUGUUUGUUAGAGGAAGCCUAUGAUGAGGCGUGUGUUAAGAUGCAUGAUGUUGUGAGGGACAUGGCAUUGCGCAUCAAGAGCACGGGUCCUGGUAGGUUUAUGGUAAAAGCUGGAAUGAGAUUGACAGAGAUACCGGAUGAGGAUGAAUGGAAUGAAGAUCUAGACAAGGUCUCCCUCAUGAAAAAUGAAAUAUCAUAUAUCCCUGAAAAUAUGUCCCCUAAAUGCUUAAUGCUCUCAACCUUGAUUUUGGAGGGUAAUUACGGAUUGAGACAAAUUUCAGAGUGUUUUUUUGCUAACAUGCCCCUGUUGAAGUUUCUUGAUCUUUCUCAAACUGGCAUUGAGGUUCUACCUAAUUCCAUAUGUAACUUGGAAUAUCUCACUGCACUGAUCCUCUGUGGAUGUCAGCUUUUAGAACGCAUGCCUUCCUUGUCAAAGCUUAAAGCACUGAAGAAGUUGGAUUUGAAGGGAGCAGGCCUUCGUGAGGCUCCUGAAGGCAUUGAAAUGUUAGAAAAUCUGGAAUAUCUUGAUUUAUCUUGUCCCUACCUGAGGGUGCUACCGAGAGGAAAAAUCAGUAACCUCUUCCGCCUCCAAUACCUAUGUAAGCAUCGAAUUUUUCCAAGUGAAAUAAGGGGAGAAGAAGUAGCAGGUUUGAAGAUGCUGGAAUUGUUUGAAGGUGGAUUUGAUUGGCUGAAAGACUUCAACAGUUUUGUUAACAAGUUAUGCAAGAUGGGAGAAGAAGAUGAGUUGGUCCUUCCAGAUGACCUUCAGGAUUUGUGGAUUGAAGACUGCAAUACGGUCGGUGAUAUUUCUAUUUUUCAGAAAGAUUUUACUCAAUUGCGAACAUGUGGUUUGAAAUACUGCCAAGGGAUAGUGUGUGUGGUCUCUUUGCUAUCAUCUUCAUCUACUUCCUUGACAGUUAUGAAUAACCUUGAAGCACUAACUCUUCAGUGUUUGCAUAGCUUGCGGGAUGUUGUGAAAGUGGAAAAAACAGGAGCAUCGAUUGCACCACCAAUAUCCCCUCACAUCUUUCCCAAUCUUAAACAGCUGAGGCUAUGCUAUUGUUCAAAAUUGAAGAAGCUUUUUCCAAGGGAGCUGCUGCAGGGUCAGGGCCUCCAAAACUUGGAACUGAUUAUGGUGCACAAUUGUUGGGAGAUGGAGGAAAUAAUAGGAUGGGAAGAAGAAGAGGAAGGAAAUCAAACAACUACUCCAAUAUUGAUCACUCUUCCAAAAUUAGAGGAAUUGAAGUUGCAAUGCCUACCAGAAUUGAAGAGAAUCUGCCCCAAAAGAGGAGUAAUGGUUUGUGAAUCUCUCAAUCGCAUCGCGAUAGAGUUCUCUUCGAAGGUAAAGAGGAUUCCCCUUUGUCUUGGAAGGGAAAACGCGCAACCAUCUCUUCCUGCUGUCGAAUCUAUCUAUAUUUCCAAUCCAACAGAAUGGUGGGAAUCGUUGGAGUGGGAGAAUCCUGACGAUAAGAUUGUCCUCCUACCUUUGCUCAAAUAUAAGUUCUAGUAAGUCUCAUUAGUCUCCCUUUUUCUAUCACUUGCAUUCCAUUGCUUCUCUCUCACUGGUAUUUCAUAACUAAAUGUUUCUAUCUCUUAUUUCUGAAUGAAUCUCAGUGUUAAUGUCCAUUGAUUUGCUCAAUUAUCUAAUCAUGACUGAUUUGCUAAUAAGAUGUCUGUCUCGCU